CAAGAAGCCCCCUCGGCGGUCUUACACCAUCUACCGCAACACAGCCGAGGGGGACGUGGCCUGCCAGCUGGAGGGACUACAGGUGAAUGUGGUGGAAGGCAAGGAGCAGGAGAGGGCCAUGGCCGCUGGUGCCCCCAAGAAACCAGAGCAGCUGGCCUGUUGCCCGUGGCAGGAUCGGUGGAAGGCAGCCUCGUACAUGGUGCUCGUGAGCCUCCUGAUCUUCAUUGUAGCCUUCCUCCUGGGCUACAUCUCCUCCCGGGGGUCCUGCAGCAUCUGUGGGGACUUGCUGACUGUCGUGAGUGAGGAGCGCCCUUACGGAGUGGAGGAAGACCCCGGAGGAGCCCCCUUGUACUGGGCCGACUUGCGGGAGAUGUUCCAGAAGCACCUCAACCAGGAGAAGAUCGAAGAGACUAUCCGAACAAUUAGUGAAGCCCCCCACCCCCCUGGCUCGUCCCGCCUGGAGGUCCUCUCCAGCCACGUUCUCAACGCCCUUAUCUCUUACGGACUGGACCAUUACUGGACCGACAGCCAUUACGUAGGACUCCAGAAACCCAGCCGGCAACAGCCUAAUUUCCUGCACCGCGUGAAUGCCGAUGGGGCUGUGCUGGAGAAAUUCCCUCUGGAAGACCCCCAGGUGUACUGUCCCUACAGUGCCUCUGCCGUUGUCACGGGUGGCCUCGUCUUUGCCAACUACGGACGCCGAGAGGACUUUACCCUUCUGAGGCAACGCGGUGUUAACCCCCAGGGUCAGCUGGUCAUGGUUCGCGUGGGGCAAAUUAGCUAUGCUGAGAAGGUGGCCAAUGCGGAGUUCUCCCAGGCAGCAGGGGUCCUCAUUUAUCCAGACCCCUUGGACAUCCCCCAAGAUCCUCGCAAGCUGAGGCUAUCCCAGAACACAAGCAUCUAUGGACAUGUUCACAUGGGUGCCGGAGAUCCCUACAGUCCGGGAUUCCCUUCCUUCAACCAUACCCAGUUCCCCCCAGUGCAGUCCUCAGGGCUCCCCAAAAUCCCAGUGCACCCCAUCAGUGCUAAUGUGGCAGCACACCUGUUCAGACAGAUGACUGGUCCUGCUGCCCCGAGAGACUGGCAUGGCCGCCUUCCUCUCGUCUCCUACGUGCUCGGCCCAGGGGAACCCACUUUCCGGCUGCAGCUGGGAGUCCACAACGUGAAGCAAUCUGUCAUGAUCAGCAACAUUUUUGGGUGUAUUGAGGGUAGAUUUGAGCCAGAUCAUUAUCUCAUUGUGGGGGCUCAGAGAGACUCCCUGGGACCAGGAGCUGCCCGUUCUGGGGUGGGCACCGCCAUUCUCUUGGAACUGGCACGUACCUUUGCUGCCAUGGUACGGAAUGGGUUUCAGCUGCGAAGAAGCUUGCUGUUUGUGAGCUGGGAUGCCGGCGAUUUUGGCAGCGUGGGCUCCACGGAAUGGCUGGAGGGAUAUCUCACCAUGUUGCAUCUGAAAGCCGCUGUCUAUAUCAGUGCGGACAAUGCAGCCCUCGGAGACGACAAGUUCUUUGCCAAGACCAGCCCGGCUCUGAUCAGCCUCAUCGAGAGCAUCAUCAAACAGGUUGAUAGUCCAAACCGCAGUGACCAAAGCAUCUUUGACCAGGUGAUGGAACACGGCCGGCCGUGGCAGAGCGAGGUAAUCCAUCCUCUCCCCAUGGACAGCAGUGCCUUCGCCUUCACCGCAUUUGGGGGUGUCCCUGCUGUGGAAUUCUCCUUUGCAGAGGCGUCCCGUCCCUACCCCUUCCUGAACACCAUGGCUGACACCUACGAUAACCUCAACCGCGCUCUCCACGGGCGCCUCCCCGCCGUAGCCAAAACCGUAGCUGAGGUUGUGGGUCACCUACUGAUGAAGCUGACCCACGACCACCUCUUGCCCCUUGACUAUGGAUGCUACGGAGAGGUUCUCUUGCAGCACAUCACCCGCUUCAAUGAAUACACGGCACUGCUGAAGAGCCGCGGCCUGACCCUGCAGUGGAUUUACUCAGCCCGGGGUGAUUAUGCGCGGGCAGCCGAGAAACUGCGCAAGGACAUCUACAGCUCUGAGGAACAUAACGAGAGACUCUUGCGCAUGUACAACGUCCGAAUUAUGCGGGUGGAGUUCUACUUCCUCUCCCAGUACGUGGCAGUCACGGAAACCCCCUUCCGGCACAUUUUGCAUGGCCACGGCCCCCACACUGUGGCUGCCCUGCUCGAGCACGUCAGCCGUCUGCGAGAAGCACCGGAACAUUUUGACGAAGUCCUCUUCCGCCGCCAGCUGGCCCUUGUCACCUGGACGCUCCAGGGGGCGGCCAACGCCCUGAGCGGGGACGUCUGGGACAUAGACACCAACUUCUGAGGCCAGCCAGAUGCGGACCAGGAUCCCCAUCCCUAUCAGAGCUGAAAUGAUUUUCAAAAUUGAAACCUGCGAUUGGAAAUUUCAAAAUAAGCCACUGCUUUACACCCCCGGGGCUAUCCCAAUUCCACUUCUGGAAUCCAAUAGCAGCCCUAAUUGGUGGCAUUGCAGUUCCAUUAGGGGAAGCGAUGCAUUCCCAGAAUUCUACUUCUUCUCCCUGUCCUACUCAUCCUGUCAGCACUGAUCCCUCCCUACCGCUUCCUUAUCGUCCUUCCCUUCCCAUUUUGAAUGUAUCAGUGGCAGUGGUCACUAUAAAUGGUUCACGUAUUGCCAUGCAAUAGCAUGGGAGGCUGUGGUUGUAGCCCCCCACCCUUUAAUCCCCCCUCUUUGUACAUUUCCUCUCCCCUAAUUUAUCAGCUGCAGGGUCUGCUAUAAAUUGGACUGAUUUAUUGCUAUGUAAUAAGGUCAAAUCCUGUGUUUACCUUCUUGUUUGGCAGCCCCCCCGCCCCGCACCGUUUAACGUGUUAAUUGCACCAGUGUUAAACCCCACCUCCUCCACUUAAUGAUUUCUCAGUGGCAGGGAUCUCUAUAAAUGUUUAUUGCUAUGUGAUAGGAUGAAAAGCUACCCUCCCUUGUUAAUGUUAACUGGGAAACUUGUUAAUUUAUCAGUGGCAGAGAUCACUAUAAAUUAUUUCUUGUCA